AUGCGCCAUGCGGAGGUGUUGUCGCCUUCAUCGCUGGUCUGCAACAAGAAGAUGGAUCCUUCGCGGGCGAUCGCUGGGGCGAGGUUUGCCUACUGUGCAUUGUCUUCCCUGACCAUCCUUGACGCCCUUGACCGCGUGAAUGUAGAUGCAUGUGUGGACUGGCGCUGCAUGAAUUACGAGGGCGCCUUUGGCCCUGUUCCGAUGGCAGAAUCUCAUGCCGCCUAUGUCUUUUGCGCCGUGCAGGCCUUGGCACUGGUGGAUGCCUUACAUGCAGUGGACAUGGAUCGCCUCGGCUGGUGGCUCUGUGAGCGUCAAACGCCCAGUGGUGGCUUCAAUGGCCGACCAGAAAAGGCGCCCGAUGUUUGCUACAGCUGGUGGAUUCUGUCAGCGCUGGUCACCAUUGACCGAGCGCAUUGGAUCGACAUGGAGAAGUUGGGAGACUUUAUCGCACUUGCACAGGAUCAGGACCGCGGUCAAGUCCGGCUGCACAGCAGGGAUUAG